UUUUGCAGCUUUUACAUCAUCAUGUAUUCACCAACACGCGCGCACUUCCGUUCACUCUUUUAUUUUAUCCUUAAAAUCGUCAGAUUCUUUACUAUUUUGUUGCUUUUUUGUUUGUUUCUUGCUCGUUAGAAUCUUCACGCAAAAGCAAACAACAGUGAUGAUGAACUAGCUAUCCUUUGCCUCCUCCUCUUCUUUCGUAUUGGGUUACAUUUUCUCAGCGAAGAAAACCAUGUUUCAAAGAUUAUUCUUCCUUCUCAUUGUUUUUCUGUUUCAAGCUUCUUGUAUUUUUGAGAUUUCGUCUGCUCUCAAGGAAGGAAAGACAUGCAUUCUAAACAAGAGCUGUGACGCUGGACUACACUGUGAAACAUGUCUAGCCAACAACAACUUGAGACCCAGAUGCUCUCGAAUUCAACCAAUCAACCCCAUCUCAAAGGUAAAGGGCUUGCCUUUCAACAAGUACUCAUGGUUAACAACUCACAACUCGUUUGCUCGAUUGGGGGAAGUAUCAAAGACCGGUUCUGUGAUCUUGGCUCCUACUAAUCAGCAAGACUCGAUCACAAGCCAACUCGCUAACGGUGUAAGAGGGUUUAUGCUCGACAUGUACGACUUUCAAAACGAUGUCUGGCUUUGUCAUUCUUUCGAUGGGACGUGUUUUAAUUUCACAGCUUUCCAACCGGCGGUUAACGUUCUAAGGGAGAUUCAAUUGUUUUUAGAGAAUAACAGGGACGAAGUUGUAACGAUUAUUAUCGAAGACUAUGUGAAAUCUCCCAAGGGUCUAACAAGAGUGUUUGACACGGCAGGGCUACGAAUGUUCAUGUUUCCGGUUACUAGAAUGCCGAAAAAUGGAGAAGAUUGGCCAAAGCUUGACGACAUGAUACGACAAAACCAAAGAUUGCUAGUUUUCACAUCUGAUAGAAGUAAAGAAGCAACCGAAGGAAUCGCAUAUCAGUGGAAGUAUAUGGUUGAGAAUCAAUAUGGAAAUGGAGGGUUGAAAGCAGGAGUGUGUCCAAACAGACCUCAAUCAGCACCUAUGAGCGAUAAAUCGAAAUCUCUUGUUCUUGCUAACCAUUUUCCAGAUGCACCGGAUUUUGUAGUAGCAUGUAAACAAAACUCUGCUCCUCUUCUUGAAUCCAUCAAGGCAUGUUACCAAGCUGCUGGACAACGGUGGGCUAACUUCAUAGCAGUCGAUUUCUACAAGAGAAGUGAUGGUGGAGGAGCACCGCAAGCUGUUGAUGUUGCUAAUGGCAAUUUGAUAUGUGGUUGCGAUAAUUUGGCUGCGUGCAAGGCGAACGGGCAGUGUGAAUAGAAGGACAGACUGAGCAACCAGAGGCAACUCUCAUCACCAAGGCUUGGUUGAUUUACCCAUCAGAGAUGUUGACUUUCUGUGUUUCUUUUCACCAUUGUGCAACUUGUUUUUUAGUGAAAUGCUUAGGUUAUCUUACAAAUUCUUAAUCAUAGAUCCGUGUCCGCGCUACGCGCGGAUUAUCCUACAUUUUUCUCUAAACAAUGUAUAAAAUUAUGGUAUUGUUAGUUAAUUUUAGCUAAUUACAAAAUAUAAAGUUAUAAUUAA